GUAGUACGAAUGUAAACAUACAUACACUCUGGGGAGGUAACGCACGUAAACACAUUCACAUUGACACCGUUUGUUAAAAUCGAAACAAGAAGGAAAAGAAUGGCAGAAGGAGGGGAUUUACCAUCAUUAAAAGACGGUUCAGAUGCUGACUUUGAGUUGACUUGCACACCUUGCGAGGAAGGCAACAUUAGGGAAGAGGCUGUCAAACAUUGCCCAGAAUGUCAAGAAUAUCUCUGUACAGCGUGUACAAUGCAUCAUGGUCGGCAAAAGGCAACACGAACACACAAGCUUCUUGAAAGAGAUGAGGCCAAAAAAGGUUCUUUGGUUGCUAAGACAAAAUGUCAUUACCAUCCGGACCGAGAAAUAGAAAUGUAUUGCGGAAAACACGAUAUGGUUUACUGUGUCAUGUGUAUAGCCACAGAACAUAGAUUAUGUGAGGGCGUAAACAGAAUAGAAGACGAAUCAAAAUCUCUUGUCGAUCAAACUGAAAUUAAUCACGUGUUAGAUGAAACCAGAAAUGCAACAGACCGCAUUAAGGCUCUGAUCAUUAAACAACAGAAGAAUAAAACAUCUCUUGAAGAGCAAAGAAACCACAUUGAAGAUAAACUUGAGAAAGAUGAAAUACGAUUGAUAGAACAUAUCAGAAAACUAAAAAGGGAGACAUCUGAAUCUUUGGACAAAAGUUAUGCAGAUAUGAAUGGAGAACUUGAGUCUGAAAUCAGCGUAUCUACUUACAUGAUACAAAACCUGAAGAAGACUUCAGAACAACUGCAGUCAAUUGCCGGUAUGGAUGCAGUUCAACAGUUCGUUCAAAUGAAACUUAUGAAGAAGACUGUAACUGAAGCCAACAAGUUACAUGUUAACAGUGAGUCAAAUGGUACAAAGUCAGUCUAUUUCACGGAAAACACAGAUUUAAUAAACCUCGUGAUGGAAGCAUUUGCUUUAGGAAAAGUGCGUACAAGGGCUGAAGACAAAACACCAUCCAAACCAAUACAGUACAAAAUGAAAUCGAAGAAAGAGAUCAAUGUGAUGAUGGCAAAUGACAAAUCAACGUGUCAGCUUCCAGAUGGUAUGAUAUUGUUGACUGACCAGGCUAAUAACAAGGUUAAAAGACUUGACAUGAACUACAGUAUAAAAGACUAUUGUGAUCUAGUUGGUAUACCAACAGGCAUCUGUUGUAUCGAUAAGAAUGAAGUAGCUGUGAAAUUGUACAACGACAAAAUUCAGUUUAUAUCUGUUGGCUCGACUUUGUCUAAAACGAGAUGUAUAACAAUAGUAGGUGGGAACUAUUACGGAAUGACCUUAUAUGCUGAAGAUUUAUGACUAUCUGCAGGUGAUGGAGUUAACGUGUACAAUACUACAGGAACACUUAUUAAAUCCAUCGGCAAAGACCAGACUGGCAAGGCAAUAUUUAAGUCAGCCACUCAACAUAUGACUGUAAGUGGUAAUAUCGUAAUCGUUACAGAUUGGAAUGAUGGUGCAGUCUGUCUAAACAAGGAUGCUACGGUGUUU